AGCAGUCUAUUCUCACUUCCCACUUCAGUUUUCUACUCUCUCAUCAAACCAUUUCUGAGCAAAUUCACCCUUACAUUAUGCAUUAGACCAGCCCGUGUCAGGAUUACGACAUGGCCUUGAGGCGAAAUAUCGAUUUCAUAUUCCGGGACACGUCUGCAUCUAAAUAAUGCGGGUCGGACUCCUUCGGGGUGUAUUCAUGCAGCUUUCCAGCUUUUCUUGCUGGAACGGGAAUGCUCCGUGGUGCUGGAAGGGAUUCGACAACGGACAAGAGCGGUAUGGCCAAGACCGAAAAAGCAAGGGAAAAGGGAAAGAAAAGGGAAAGAAAAGGAAAAAUAUGUAUCACCAAUUGUGCGGCUAUGGCUAUGGUUAUGAGAGAAAUAUUCUUCAUGGCUCAUUCACCCUAUUGCUGACAUUCCAACCAUCAGAUAUAUCAACAUCGAUUGAUGCCCGGCUCACAGCGUAAUGAAGCUAGAGAAUGUGUUGGGUCCCAAAUUCGCCAACCCGUCGCUCAGGUCCUAGAUUAUUUUCCACCUGAUAUGGAUUUUAUUCAUUCAAGCGCCCUUACUCCGUACAUACAGCCUUGUUUUCAUAGCUUUCAGCCUUCCGCAGAACUCCCAACAACAAAUCCCCACAUUCUACGUACAUAUAUUCCCAGCGACCAAGCAAGAUAUUCCAAGCGGAAGAAAGCAUCUGCCUACCUGCCUCUCGCGUGCCUUGCUCUGCAUGGUAUUCAUCACAUCGAUAAUGAUUUUAUCUGAUUGAUCUCAUUUCAGCAUUCAAUAUCUGAGCUGGGAAUAAUAUAUAUGCAUCCCAAGAUAUACGCAAGUUAAAUGCACCUGCAAUAAAUAGUGCAUAUGUAUGAGUAAAUUUUAAAGCUACCAAGAGAUGCGCAUACUAUGCACAGUACAACACACGUCUCU